CACGCCCUAAGAUGCAUGAGGACGUGACUUGCAGCAGCAGAAAACGCGCCCAUAAUCGCCCAUUAGCGGGUACUUUUCUGGUUCCUGCCUGACACGUCCCCCCUAUUUCCUUACUCUCUCUUUCUUUUUACUCGCGAAAAAUGCCUCGCGAGAUCAUUACCUUACAAGCUGGCCAAUGUGGAAAUCAAAUCGGUAGUGAAUUUUGGAAACAGAUCUGUACCGAGCAUGGUAUUAGCAGCGAUGGUACCUUGGAGGAUUUCGCAACUGAAGGUGGAGAUAGAAAGGACGUGUUCUUUUAUCAGGCCGAUGACGAACACUACAUUCCACGCGCUAUUCUGUUGGAUCUUGAACCUCGCGUCAUUAACACUAUUCGAGAAUCGCCAUACGCUAAUUUAUACAAUCCCGAAAACGUACUUGUGUCAAACGACGGUGGUGGAGCAGGCAAUAUUUGGGCGUAUGGUUACUCACAGGGCGAAAAGGUGUACGAGGAUAUCAUUGAUAUGGUGGACCGAGAAGCAGACGGAAGUGAUUCUUUAGAAGGAUUCAUGCUGUUACAUUCAAUCGCAGGUGGAACAGGCAGUGGUUUGGGAUCCUUCUUGCUCGAACGACUGAAUGAUCGCUAUCCAAAGAAGCUCAUACAAACAUACUCGGUGUUCCCAAAUUCGGAAGAAGUAUCUGAUAUUGUCGUCCAGCCGUAUAAUAGCAUGUUGACAUUAAAACGACUGACGACGAAUGCGGACAGCGUGGUUGUGCUGGAUAACGCUGCAUUGGCACGCAUAGCCACAGAUCGACUACACACUGCAACACCUAAUUUCGAGCAAACAAACCAGCUGGUAUCAACAGUCAUGUCAGCGAGUACAACAACACUGCGUUACCCUGGAUAUAUGAACAAUGAUCUCGUCGGCAUCGUAUCAUCUCUCAUACCAACACCUCGAUGUCAUUUCCUGACAACUGCAUACACACCGUUUUCCAGCGAACAAGUUGAAAAGGCCAAGAUCAUUCGAAAGACUACCGUGCUGGAUGUCAUGCGGCGCUUAUUACAACCCAAGAACCGAAUGGUGUCCACUGUACCAUCGAAACGAAGCUGUUAUAUAUCUGUGUUGGAUAUCAUUCAAGGCGAGGUAGAUCCUACAGAUGUUCAUAAAUCAUUAUUACGUAUUCGAGAACGACGAUUAGCACAAUUCAUUCCUUGGGGUCCAGCCAGUAUCCAAGUUGCAUUGUCAAAGAAAUCUCCCUAUGUCCAGACACCACAUCGUGUCAGCGGCCUUAUGCUUGCAAACCAUACCAGCAUAGCAUCUCUCUUCAAACGCACGUGUGACCAAUAUGAUCGUUUCCGAAAACGAAAUGCAUUCUUGGAGCAAUACAGAAAGCAUGAAAUGUUUGCAGAAGGUCUUGACGAAUUUGAUGAUUCACGACAUGUGGUACAGGAUUUGAUUGAGGAGUAUGAAGCUUGUGAGACGCCGGAUUACAUGAACUAUGGUCUUAAAGAUAAGGAUAAGAUGGAGGAAUGAGAGUAUACAUAUAAACCUCUUUAUCUUCCAAGCGUGAUGUAAAUAUACUUUUUUAAUGUCAUACAACAAUAAAAGAAAUUAGUUGUAUGUUUCUAAGCAUGCAUAUAUAUAUAUUAUGACAUUGCCAUCCGUUGUACAUAACUCAAGCCAAUUU